AUUCUGACCCGACCCGUAAACUUUCCAUUCCUGGCUUCUUCUUCUCUCUGCGCCACACCCAUAAUUUACAAAUACUGUAUCUACAUUACAUUUAUUAAUAAACUCGGAUACACCGAUCUAUCGAUUAGCAGCCAAUGAGAACGGAGAAACGUCAGGGGAUCUAUCAGCAUUGUUAAAACACAGCUUCUAUCAUAUAGUUUCAAGAGCCCAGGCCUGUGAAAGUUGUAGCUAAAAUCGUGAUGGUUGUUGUCCGAAUGUCCCAGAUGUUCUUCACUUCAUACAUGUACAAAAGCUCAUUUGUGUUGUAGCGGAAGAACAGCAGCGACUCACAAGUAUAUCUCUACUUGGAGUGUGCAUCGAGAGAUGAAAGGCGGAAAUGUUGGUAGAUUUUGGGGAGGACAGUUCUCCUUUUUCCUGGCUGCUAUCUUAUUUACAACCAUAUUUCUUUGGUGCUGGGAGAAGAAUCCACUUCUUACUAGCUUAUUAUCAGCUCAAGAUCAGUUCAUAAUGCAGUCCUCAGAGAUUUCAGUGGAUGAAUAUGCAGUAUCAUUGAGAUCGAAGGAACAAAUUAUGGACGAGCACUCAAAUUCACAAAUAGCAGAAGGCAGAAUAGUGGAAAAUAGAUUGGCAGUAUCUGAUAGUUCUGUUAAGAAUGUUACAGUCACGCCUUCCAUUAAAAGGAGAGAUGAUAAAAAGAUUAUGACUUCCCAAUUAGAGGGAAAAGCUUGCAAUUUUGCUAAAGGCAGGUGGAUUGCAGACAGUAGACGACCAUUAUACUCUGGGUUUAAAUGUAAGCAAUGGUUAUCAGAAAUGUGGGCAUGUAGAUUGACCCAACGCACUGACUUUUCCUACGAGGGAUAUCGUUGGCAACCAGAAAAUUGUGAGAUGCCAGAUUUUAGUGGUUCAGAAUUCUUGAGAAGAAUGCAGGACAAAACUAUUGCUUUUAUUGGAGAUUCACUUGGAAGACAGCAAUUCCAGUCUCUCAUGUGUAUGGUCACUGGUGGUGAGGAGAAACUUGAAGUUGAAAAUGUAGGAUGGAAGUAUGGCUUGGUCAAACCACGUGGAGCUGUACGUCCCGAUGGAUGGGCUUAUAGGUUUCCAAACACAAACACCACAAUUUUGUAUUACUGGUCAGCAAGUCUUUGUGGUAUAGAGCCCUUCAACGUCACGGAUCCCGCCACAGAGUCGGCCAUGAAUUUGGAUCAACCUCCUGCCUUUUUGAGGAAAUAUGUUGAUCAAUUUGAUGUUGUGGUGCUGAAUACAGGUCAUCACUGGAACAGAGGGAAGGUUAACGCAAACCGAUGGGUGAUGCAUGUAAAUGGAAAGCCUGUUGUAGACAGGAAGCUCGCAGAAAUAGGAAAUGCUAAAAACUUCACAGUUUAUAGUAUUGCCAGAUGGCUUGAUUCUCAAAUCGCUUCACGUCCACAGCUUAAGGCUUUCUUCCGGACCAUAUCACCCAGACAUUUCUUAAAUGGGGACUGGAACACUGGAGGUCGCUGUGAUAAUACUGUUCCACUUACUAAAGGAAAUGAAGUCCAGCAAGAGGAAUCAAGUGAUCCAGUUAUUGGGAGUGCUGUGAAGGGCACAAAGGUUAAGUUAUUGGACAUAACAGCUAUUUCUGAACUAAGGGAUGAGGGUCAUAUAUCUCAUUACAGUUUAAAAUCAUCAGAAGGAAUAAACGACUGCUUGCAUUGGUGCCUACCCGGCAUACCUGACACGUGGAACGAACUCCUGUAUGCACAACUUUAGUGUCCAUAGCAUUUGCUGAGAAAGCAUGAAGCUCAUCCAAUGAUCAAUGUGAUGACCUGUCAAUCAUGUUUGGUCCAACUCAGCUUGCUCGCUCGUGUAUUCUAUUGUAUUCUUUUUGUAAGUAGAAUUAUUCAUUUACGAGGGAAAAGAAGCAGCUAUUCCCAAGCCAAAUCAGACAGAACAAAGUGCAAAAUGCAAUGCAUGAUAUGGGAUAAAAUGCUUCACUGCAAAGGAUACUGAAGCUGCUGCAGUACUUGAACGACAUCACGAUUUUUCCACGAAAAGUUUCUUCUAUGUAGGCUCACAUUCAUCAGAAUAUUAGGGAUUCUUAGUUUGAAGCUUUGCAAGCAUGUCCCUGAAUUCUGGGAUUUAUACCAAUUGCCUAUACUCAUCAACAGAUGUUCUUUAGAGAUUUAGUCUUUGAUAGACUUGGUGUUGUAACAGAAUGACGAUUCAUUACUCAUCAAUAGAAGUUCACGAUUACUUGCAGUCCU